AUGGAGCCCGCCGAAAUCAUAGCGUCUGUGAACCGGGAGAACGCUGAGUUGAAGAACCAAAAUCAAAGACUUCUCGGCCAGGUACAAGAAACUCAGGACCAACUUUUUGAAGCGCGUUCGCUGAACAAUAUAUUCCAACAUACGUUUCAAGCCCAAGCUAUCGAGAUCUGCUCAGCUACUGAGACGAUUAACAACCUCCACCACUAUAACUACUUUCUACAAAGUUACAUAGCUCGUGUCGAACAAGAAUCAGAGCAAGCAAAGCUAGCAUGUAGGCAGACGACCGAGUAUUAUGAACGGGAAAUCGCCGCCGGAAGCUGGUCGGGUCACCAAUGGAGCCAGGAAGCGGCAAACCUCAGCUCCAGCACAAGGGAUCUUCAUCACAAUGCCUUGAACAACUUUAAGGCUAGUAAUACAAGUGAUGAACAGAAAAAGGACCUCAUACAGAAGAUUAUGGAAAUCAAGUCGACUGUUUUGUUGAAGGAGAUCCAGAACAACAACCUCAAGCAUGCCCUUGAGGAUCACAGAGCUCGUCUGAAGCAGAUUUGCAUCAGAUCUUCUACAAUGAUCGAGACUCGGAACGAUUUGAAUCGCAAACUUGCCGAGACAAACAUUGUGCUUUGCUCGAAGGCGGGAAAGAACGCGCGCGCUCUUAGUAUGGCUAAGAGGGAAAAAGGAGGCUUGCAAAAGAAGAUCAAGGAUGCUGAGGAGGAAUUACAAAAGUGCCGAGAAACAGAGAAGCAACUGAACGAGGCUAUCAAGAGAGAAAUGCAACUUCAGCAUGAAUGCCAGCUUUCACUUGCCGAAGCAGAGGACCUCCGCAUUUCGAAUGACUUCUACAAGCGCGAGGAUGCAAAUCAGACGCAAACUAUUUCUAGUCUAAAAAGACUGGUAGCAAAUUUACAGAAGACAGAGCGGGACGAAGGAUACACGAAAACUAUCGCCAAACACGAGGCUGAGAUUGCGCAGCUUGUUGCGAACCAGGCGCGACUCAGAGACGAGAUUCGAAAGCAACAAGAGAUUACCACUAAGGCUUUAGAGAUGAUGAAGGAGCAGAAGAAGAUUGCAAAUGAGGCAACAAAGGAGGUGGCUACUUACAAAGGACAUGCUCUGGCUCUAAAGCACUCGCUGCUAGUCAGCCUAUCGCAUACCAAGUUCGAAGUUGCCAUAAAAAUUGUUGAUAAUGUUUUUCAAGAAUUGAAAGAUAUCAAUUCUAAGGAAAAAGCAAAAUGGGCGAUUCACAGCAUCAUCGGCUAUCUUGAGCAACAAUCCAAAACGGUCGAAGACUACACCACGAAUGUAGCGUCAAAUAGUGCCGAGGUACAAGAACUGAUAGAAGAUCUUCAAGGCCAGACUCCAAAGGAAGCAAGGCCAGAUGAGUUAGAUGGCUUCAUUGGGUAUGUGCGAGGGUUGCAGCAUAGGCUCGAGGGAGAGGCUGCGCAGAGGAUGAAGCUUGACGUCUAG